GAAAUUCAUAACUGUAAAACACUCAUCAAUAAAUAUUUAAUUUAAUCAAAUAAGUAAAAAAAAAAGUGUUCAUCAAUGGCGUUUCUCCUCAGUGGAGAUAUACGCAACCACCAUCAUCAUAAUCAUCUUCAAAACCCUAUUUCUAUAUUCCUUUCUUCCUCUUUCUAUUUUAUUCAUUCCUUUCUAUUAAUUAAUUAAUAAUUUCACUUUCACCUUCAACAAACAAAUCAAUCAAUUUUAUUCCUUUCAAUUCACCACAUAUGCAACCAAAAUCAAUUCUAAAUUAGGGUUUUCAAUUUCAUCAUCAUCAUCAUCAUCAUCAUGGGAAACAGCUCAAGCAACGGCGGUAACAACCGUCGUCGACACAGCAGUUCAAGAAGAAAUCGGCCACCACCACCACCUGUAACACCACAACCCGAAAUCUCAACAAAUCAUCCAUUUGUUUACCCUGGUUCUUCACCGUACCCGAAUCCACCUAUGCAUUAUCCUCAGUAUAAUUACCCUGGUUAUUAUCCACCACCGGUACCUAUGCAUCAUCCUCAUCAUCAACAUCGUCAUCAUCAUCCUCAUCAACAUAUGGACCCUGAUUGGGUUUCCAGGUAUUAUCCUUGUGGACCGGUUAUGAAUCAACCUGCACCGUUUGUUGAGCAUCAGAAAGCUGUUACUAUAAGGAAUGAUGUUAAUAUUAAGAAAGAGACUCUUGCUGUUUCACCUGAUCAAGAUAACCCUGGUUUUUUUCUUGUUUCGUUUACCUUUGAUGCUACCGUUUCUGGAAGCAUCGCCAUAUAUUUCUUUGCAAAAGAAGAUGAAGGCUGCAUCCUCACCCCGACCAAGGAAAACCAUCGUGCACCUGUAACUGUACAAUUCCAGCAAGGUCUCGGACAGAAGUUUAGACAGCAAGCUGGAACUGGUAUUAACUUUUCAAUGUUUGAGGAGUCAGAUUUAUUAAAGGUGGGUGACAAGGAUGUCUACCCUCUAGCGGUGAAGGCAGAUGCAUCAUCUAAUAAUCAUGAUGGAUCAAAUGAGACUGUGACAUCUGGCAAGACAAACUCUCAAAUAACUCAAGCGGUGUUUGAGAAGGAGAAAGGACAAUUUCGGGUAAAAGUUAUUAAGCAGAUUUUGUCUGUAAAUGGGAUGAGGUAUGAGCUGCAGGAGAUAUAUGGUAUUGGAAAUUCAGUGGAAGGUGGCGUGGAUGACAAUGAACAAGGAAAGGAAUGUGUGAUAUGUUUGUCGGAGCCUCGUGACACAAUCGUUCAUCCCUGCCGACAUAUGUGCAUGUGUAGCGGAUGUGCAAAGGUUUUGAGGUUCCAGACGAAUAGAUGCCCGAUUUGCAGACAACCAGUUGAGAGGCUUUUGGAGAUAAAGGUAGGGACUGAAGAGUAAAGAAAGAUACAUUGUUAAUUUCACAAACUUCCUGUACAGCACAAGUGUAACUGUAAUAAUAUUUUAAUACUUCUCCCUG